AUGCAGAACCUUGAGGAAGCAAUAGAUUUGAACCGCGAAGCUCUCGCUCUCCGACCACCCGGUCAUGUUAAUCACUCUUACUCUCUACACGCUCUCGCUUGUCUCUUGGGCUCUCGUUUCGAACAGACGGGGCAGAUGCAGGACCUCGAGGAAGCAAUAGAAUCACACCGCGAAGCGCUCGCCCUCCGACCCCCAGGCCAUGUUGAUCGCUCCUACUCCCUCUUCAAUCUCGCAGUGAGCUUGAGCUCUCGUUUCACGCAGACAAGGAAGAUGCAGGACCUUGAAGAAGCGAUAGAUUUGAACCGCGAAGCGCUCGCUCUCCAACCCUCUGGUCAUCCAUAUCGUUCCGACUCCCUCGACAGCCUCGCAUCUGACUUGUCCUCUCGCUUCAAUAGGACAGGGCAGAUGCAGGACCUUGAGGAAGCGAUAGACUUGAACCGCGAAGCUCUCGCUCUCCGACCCCCUGGCCAUCUUAAGCGCUCCGGCUCCCUCUACAAUCUCGCAGCGAACUUGAGCUCUCGUUUCACGCAGACAGGGAAGAUGCAGGACCUUGAUGAAGCGGUAGAAUCGAGCCGCGAAGCUCUCGCUCUCCGACCCCCUGGCCAUCUUAAGCGCUCCUACUCCCUCUUCAAUCUCGCAGUGAACUUGAGCUCUCGAUUCACGCAGACAGGGAAGAUGCAGGACCUUGAUGAAGCGGUAGAAUUGAACCGCGAUGCGCUCGCUCUAAUACCUUCUGGCCAUUUUGGUCGCCCUUACCUCCUCUACGAUCUCGCAAAGAACUUGAGCUCUCCGCUCACUCUCCGACCCCCUGGUCAUCCAUAUCAUCUCGACUCACUCGAGCGCCUCGCAUCUUACUUGUACUCUCGCUUCAAUAGGACAGAGCAGAUGCAGGACCUUGAGGAAGCGAUAGAUUUGAACCGCGAAGCUCUCGCUCUCCGACCCCCCGGCCAUCUUCAGCGCUUCGGCUCCCUCUACAAUCUCGCAGUGAGCUUGAGCUCUCGUUUCACACAGACAGGGAAGAUGCAGGACCUUGAUGAAGCGGUAGAAUUGAACCGCGAUGCGCUCGCUCUAAUACCUUCUGGCCAUUUUGAUCGCCCUUACUUCCUCUACGAUCUCGCAAAGAACUUGAGCUCUCGUUUCAACGCGACAGGGCGAAUGGAUGAUCUUGAAAAGGCCAUAGAGUAUUACCGGGAAGCGCUCACUCUCCGACCCCCUGGUCAUUCAUAUCGUCCCGACUCCCUCAACAGCCUCGCAUCUGACUUGUACUCUCGCUUCAAUAGGACAGGGCAGAUGCAGGACCUUGAGGAAGCUAUAGAUUUGAACCGCGAAGCUCUCGCUCUCGAACCCUCUGGUCAUCCAUAUCGUCCCGACUCCCUCUACAAUCUCGCAUUGGACUUGUACUCUCGCUUCAAUAGGACAGAGCAGAUGCAGGACCUUGAGGAAGCGAUAGACUUGAGCCGCGAAGCUCUCGCUCUCCGACCCCCCGGCCAUCUUAAGCGCUCCAACUCCCUCUACAAUCUCGCAGUGAACUUGAGCUCUCGUUUCACGCAGACAGGGAAGAUGCAGGACCUUGAGGAAACGAUAGAGUUAAACCGCGAAGCGCUCGCCCUGCGACCUCCUGGUCAUUCAAAUCGUUCUGAAUCCCUCGAACGCCUCGCAUCUGGCCUGAACUGUCGUUUCGAUAGGACAGGGCAGAUGCAGGACCUUGAGGAAGCGAUAGAUUUGAACCGCGAAGCUCUCGCUCUCCGACCCCCCGGCCAUCUUAAGCGCUUCGGCUCCCUCUACAAUCUCGCAGUGAACUUGAGCUCUCGUUUCACGCAGACAGGGAAGAUGCAGGACCUUGAUGAAGCGGUAGAAUUGAACCGCGAUGCGCUCGCUCUAAUACCUUCUGGCCAUUUUGGUCGCCCUUACCUCCUCUACGAUCUCGCAAAGAACUUGAGCUCUCGUUUCAACGCGACAGGGCGAAUGGAUGAUCUUGAAAAGGCCAUAGAGUAUCACCGGGAAGCGCUCACUCUCCGACCCCCUGGUCAUCCAUAUCAUCUCGACUCACUCGAGCGCCUCGCAUCUUACUUGUACUCUCGCUUCAAUAGGACAGAGCAGAUGCAGGACCUUGAGGAAGCGAUAGAUUUGAACCGCGAAGCUCUCGCUCUCCGACCACCCGGUCGUGUUAAUCGCUCCUACUCCCUCUACAAUCUCGCAUUUGACCUGCACUCCCGUUUCGAUAGGACAGGGCAGAUGCAGGACCUUGAGGAAGCGAUAGAUUUGAACCGCGAAGCGCUCGCUCUCCGACCUCCUGGUCAUUCAAAUCGUUCUGAAUCCCUCGAUUCCCUCGCAUCUGGCCUGAACUCCCGUUUCAAUAGGACAGGGCAGAUGCAGGACCUUGAGGAAGCGAUAGACUUGAACCGCGAAGCUCUCGCUCUCCGACCCCCUGGCCAUCUUGAGCGCUCCUACUCCCUCUUCAAUCUCGCAGUGAACUUGAGCUCUCGUUUCACGCAGACAGGGAAGAUGCAGGACCUUGAGGAAGCGAUAGAUUUGAACCGCGAAGCUCUCGCUCUCCGACCACCCGGUCAUGUUAAUCGCUCUUACUCCCUCCACAAUCUCGCAUCUGACCUGAGCUCACGUUUCACUAGGACGGGGCAGAUGCAGGACCUCGAGGAAUCGAUGGAAUUGAACCGCGAAGCGCUCGCUCUCCGACCCUCUGGUCAUUCAAAUCAUUCUGAAUCCCUCGAUUCCCUCGCAUCUGGCCUGAACUGGAAGAUGCAGGACCUUGAGGAAACGAUAGAGUUAAACCGCGAAGCGCUCGCCCUGCGACCUCCUGGUCAUUCAAAUCAUUCUGAAUCCCUCGAACGCCUCGCAUCUGGCCUGAACUGUCGUUUCGAUAGGACAGGGCAGAUGCAGGACCUUGAGGAAGCGAUAGAUUUGAACCGCGAAGCUCUCGCUCUCCGACCACCCGGUCAUGUUAAUCGCUCUUACUCCCUCCACAAUCUCGCAUCUGACCUGAGCUCACGUUUCACUAGGACGGGGCAGAUGCAGGACCUCGAGGAAUCGAUGGAAUUGAACCGCGAAGCGCUCGCUCUCCGACCCUCUGGUCAUUCAAAUCAUCCUGAAUCCCUCGAACGCCUCGCAUCUGGCCUGAACUGUCGUUUCGAUAGGACAGGGCAGAUGCAGGACCUUGAGGAAGCGAUAGACUUGAACCGCGAAGCUCUCGCUCUCCGACCCCCUGGCCAUCUUAAGCGCUCCCACUCCCUCUUCAAUCUCGCAGUGAGCUUGAGCUCUCGUUUCAUGCAGACAGGGAAGAUGCAGGACCUUGAUGAAGCGGUAGAAUUGAACCGCGAUGCGCUCGCUCUAAUACCUUCUGGCCAUUUUGAUCGCCCUUACUUCCUCUACGAUCUCGCAAAGAACUUGAGCUCUCGUUUCAACGCGACAGGGCGAAUGGAUGAUCUCGAAAAGGCCACAGAGUAUUACCGGGAAGCGCUCGGCAUAUCUCCUGCUGGGUUUUCUCUAUGUGCCUCUGUCCUCGCUGGUCUCUCUCGCGCUUUAUUGAAUCGCUUUCAAAAGUUCUCCAGGGAGGAUGAUCUAUAUGAGGCCUUCGAUACGCUUGCCGCCGCAACUGAAAUUCGGUCUGCCGGUGUGGACCAUCAGAUCUCGACUGCACAUGCAUGGGUAUGGUCGGCUUGCAAGUUUCGACACAGCUCUAUCCUGUCAGCAUAUGCAAGAUAUUUGGACCUCCUCCAGUGCGGCCUUGUCAUCAGUCCCAGCCUGGAGCUGCAAUGGGCAUCUCUUACUAGGUACUCCUCUUCGCUCGCAGUUGAUGCCGCGUCGUCUGCUAUUGAUGAUGGCCAGCUGGAUACUGCGGUCGAGAUGUUGGAGAAAGGAAGAGCUUUGCUUUGGUCCAGAAUGAAGGGUUAUCGGCAACCCGUUCUAGAACUUCGGACCGUUGACCAUGCACUCGCCGACAGGUUCGAGACGGUCAGCGAUCAGUUGGAGAAACUUGCCACUUCACAAUCACGUUUGGCACCCGAUGCGUUAGAACCUGCUCCACGAUUUGGCGCUGCGCGGGAUAAAAAGUUGAAGCAGCAGCGUGUUCUGUCGGCUGAAUGGGACGACAUAGUCAAACAUAUACGCCAGAUUGAAGGGUUUUCAGAGUUUCUACAGCCAGUGCCCUUUGAACGUCUCAAGCACGCCGCUGCAGAAGGGCCUGUCAUCGUAGUCAACGUCUCCUCGUACCGAUCGGAUGCUUUGAUUAUUCGAGAUAUCGCUUCUGGCCCCACCCUCGUUCCCCUCACAGACUCAUUACAUGACGAAGUUGGAAAGCUGUCCGAGCAGCUCGGUCAAGCUCGAAGACGCGGUGACGCUACUCUCGCUGCGGUGAUGGACGAUAUUUUGUUCGCGUUGUGGAAACUCAUCGCUCAGCCAGUAGUCGAUAGACUUCGAGCUCUGGGAGUCGCGGAGGGGUCCAGGAUUUGGUGGUGUCCAACAGGAAAGCUGUGCUCUCUCCCGCUGCAUGCUGCUCAUCCCCUUGUCACAGGCGAAUGUGGUCUUCCAGAUCUAUUUAUAUCAUCCUACACUCCUACGCUCUCUUCACUCAUUUCUGCAAGGGAGAACAUCUCUGCGACGCGCUCUAAAUACCCCCAGCUCCUUACCGUCGGCCGACCAGACGACUCUCUGAGGUGUGUAGAUGCGGAGUUGAAAGAGAUACAGAGCCUCGGGGACUUUGUCGACACUAUUGUCUCGGAACAGGCGACGCCCGACGCAGUGCUUGACAAUCUUCAAACUCACUCAUGGCUUCACAUCGCUUGCCACGGUCAUCUGGACGAUGCACAACCCUUCAAGUCGUCGUUCAAGCUCUAUGGAGGCUCCCGUCUGACUGUGUUGGAUCUCUUGCAGGCACGCCUUCCCAAUGCAGAAUUUGCAUUCCUAUCUGCCUGCCAUAGUGCUGCGGGCGAUUCUAUCCAUACACCCGACGAAGUUUUGCACCUCGCAGCGGCGAUGCAAUUCUGUGGGUUCCGCAGUGUUAUCGGGACGCUGUGGGGAAUGGCGGAUGACGAUGGGCCUGGCCUCACCCGGGAGUUCUACAAGUAUAUGUUCCGUCACAAUGAUCCAACACAGGUGGAUUUCAAAGAUUCCGCGAUGGCACUGAGAUGUGGGAUCGACGUGUUAAAGGAGGCGAAUGUUCCGCGUCACCGAUGGGCUGCCUUUGUACACAUCGGUGCAUGA